AUGUACAAGCCCAUGUCCGUCAGACCUUUCUGCACCUUGUGCGAGUCCGCUUUCCAAGAAGAGGAACAUGUCGUCAUCAUCAAAGAAGAUGCCGAGCAGCCAUUACAGUCAGUCGAGUUCAACAUGAGCCAGCUCGAGUUCAUCAAACCGGGGGCAACAGGGUCAACAGAGGCAUCAGAAACGACUAACUCGGACCCUGACGUGGACGCUGACUUGGAUGUUGACUCGAACCUUGACUCGGACUCUACCUUGAACUCUGAGGGGCUGAGCUGGAGUGAUUAUCUCAGAUACAAUCCCACGUGGGAAAAUGACGACAAAUGGUCACUGGCAAGUCACUUGACGUGCGCCAACUAUUUAAUAAGCCACGGGUUGUCUCCUUGGAAGAUAGCAAAGGUCCUUGCCGGGGACUUUGCAUUGUCACCAUCUGCCGCUGCCCAAAGACGAUAUCAUGUCCAAACACUAGCAAGGGUUGAACCCGCACAGCCCUCGGAUGAAGACAUUCUCAGCAAGAUAUCUAAGCUACCACCGGAGAUAACACAGGAAAUCACUAUAUUAGCCGAUUAUCUAACGAACCCAACGAUGAAGUCUUUUCAGUACUCAUCCGACCGCCGUCUGACGGCAUUAACACAUUCUAUGUCGCACAUGACCAUCUGGGCGUCCGAAAAGUUGUGUUUGCGAUCCCCGACAACGAAAAAGCACCCGCGACUGUGGAGGACACGGUUCUUUGGACUUAAAAGGCCUGCGAAAACUUACUGGCCGAGUCUCAUGAAGCCUCAAGAUCAUCCACGAGUUGCACGUCUCAACAGAGGAGCCAAGGGCUUGCCAAUGGUCAAGGGAAUGCGCCCUCUCGUUUUGAAUGAUGUCGGGAUGAAAGCAUUGAGCGCCUGUUGUUGCGAGAAUUCCGGUAGGAGAUAUUGUCUGACCUUGGUCGCUCACUAUCCGGAUACGCCUGCAAUACGUUAUCAAGAUUACAGUCGCCACAUUCCUUCUGAUGUUGAACCCAUGUGGCUCCACCUUGUCCUCGAUGAGGGCGAACGGAUCGCAGAGAUCUGGGGAUGGCAAACUUUUUCUCGGAGUAGUGACCUAGUACUGCGGACCAACAAGGGGCGAAUUUGGAACAUCGGCCCAAUAGUUUCUGAGAGGGAGCCAUUUAACUGGAAUCACCUUGUUGACCUGCCUACUGGAGAACCAUCUACUAUCUACUUUGAUGAAUCACUGAGAGGUAUCAACCAAUUGGCUUUUCAAGAAAAGAAGAAGCCAUUAGUCGGUGCCAAGGCAGCACCCGAGGUGAUGGUACCCCCUCCGCCUGCUAGAGCAAGGAGGAUCAGCUACUUUUAUUUCUCGGGACGACUAAAAGACUUAUUAACUGUCACGCCUUGCUGGAUCAAGAGCAGGAAAGGCCUGAUGCAAAUCACCGGCCUUGUGCUUCGCUACGGGGAUGGUCGUGUGCGUACUCUUGGCGUCGUACGGUUGGAUUGUCUGGCUGAACCAAUCGAUGUCACGGCCAGCGCUGGGGGAGGUUGA